GUUCUUCUCCCGUUCCCGCAUGUUUAACACAUGUUCAUGUCACGAAAUCGCGGACUCAUAAAACAUUCCCAAUUUCUUUCUGAAUUCCGAGCAAUAUAUUUCGCUCUGAUUCUGUUCUCUUUUAUUUUGAAAAUUUUCAAAGUUUUAACAGUUGACGAGACAAAAUUUUAAACGCGAAUUGCGUUUGACGAAAAGCUCCGACUUUUUCGUACUAGCGUAUCGCGCGGUCCAUAUUGUGCCGCACGUUACGGAGUUGCGCAGGUAUCGCGACUCUGACCCGCGGAUCAUCUCGCGGAUCUCGCCGCAUUCUUCCGCCGGCAUCGUCGGUGUCUUCUUCGCCGUUGUCGUCGGUACCGCGUCACAGUCUCUCCGCGCAAGCUCCGUUCCUUCCAGGGGCUAUUGAUCCGCGUGUUUCGGCCUGCGAACGGACGGUGGAGCAGCCGCGAACACACAACCCGGGGCCGCAAGCCCGUAAAUAUUCGUUCGGCGCGUCGAGAAAAGACUCACGUGGAUAAAAGCAUCCUUUCUACGAUUGAACGGUAACGGGUGCCGAGGAUGGUCGGUGGAGUGACAGAAGACGGACCACUUAUUCGACCUGUCGAGCCUGUCUCGACGGCAACAUUGGUGACGCUAUGCAUCGGCGCCGCUUUUCUUAUAUGCGCUGUCGCGAUGACCUGGUGGCUCUGCCGACGACGUCGCGAGCACACCAAAUUGAAUUCGGACAAGUCCCUGGCGUUUAGACCGCCCCAUCGGAAGCCGACGGCGGUCAAGAGUCCCGGUAGCACGAGCCACUAUUUGAAGAAGAGUCCGUCGCCGACCGGGCCGGCCAAGAGCCCACCCGGUUCCGGCGGUCAGACCCCGAGCCCGACGGGAUCCCAGUCAUCGAACCCCGCGUCUCAACCGAGAACUCCGCAGAGCGCAAGUACACCGGUACAGACACCGCCGGUCGAAGUGACCGUGAGCAUCGAGAACGAACGCGACAAAGCCGAGUUGGAGAACAACGAGAAGGUCGAGCGGGAGAAGAGUCAGACCGCGGAAAAGGACAAGGACAAUUUGGGCCAGCUGGUCUUCAAACUGCGAUACCGGAGCGAGCAGAACGCGCUGGCGGUGACGGUGGUGAAGUGCAAGGGAUUGCCUGCGAGAGGCCAGCAGAACGCCACCAGCGAUCCCUAUGUGAAACUGCAACUGCUACCGGACAAACAGCAUCACGUGAAGACUCGGGUUCUUCGCAACACCAGAGAUCCGGUUUACGACGAGGAUUUCACGUUCUUCGGCAUCUCACAGAGUCAACUUCAGAAAAUUAGUUUACACUUCAUUGUACUGAGCUUCGACAGAUACUCACGCGACGAUAUUAUCGGAGAAUUGACGUGCGCUCUGUCGUCGGUGCCCGGUUUAGAGGACGCGGAUAAUCAGGAGAUAUCUCUUUGUCGGAAAAUAUGUCCCCGAAGUUUGAAGAUUCAGUCGCAAGGGAGAGGGGAAUUGUUGGUUUCUCUUUGCUGGCAACCGGUCACGAGCCGAUUGACGGUGGUGGUGUUGAAAGCGCGAAAUCUGCCGAAAAUGGAUGUGACAGGCCUCGCCGAUCCAUACGUGAAGAUCUACCUUCUGUACAAUCAGCAACGUAUCGCCAAGAAGAAGACACACGUGAAGAAGCGUACGCUCAGUCCGGUAUUUAAUGAGUCCUUCGUCUUUGACAUACCGAACGGUUCGGACGGGCUCAACAACGUCAGUCUCGAGUUUAUGCUGCUCGACUGGGAUCGAGUCACGAAGAACGAGGUGAUCGGACGACUAGAGUUUGGCGGACCAAAGUGUCAGGGUUCAGCUGUCAACCAUUGGAAAGAGGUGUGCAGCUCGCCACGACGACAGAUAGCCGAUUGGCAUAAGUUGCGGGAAUAAACGGCGACAUAUAUACAUAUAUCAGAAUUCCUGUUUCCGAUUUCCUUAGAAAUUCCAUAUCCACCUACGCCGUGAGAUCACUCUUGAAACCUUGCGACAAGGUAGGAGGUAUCCGUUUUGCAAAGCUUAUAUAUAUAUCAUACAUAUAUUGUGUAUAAUAUAUAUAUAUAUACAUAUAUAUAUGUAUGUAUAUAUAUAUAUAUAUAUAUAUAUAAUACUCCCACACGAUCGAAUCGAAUCGAUGUAUAUUAGACUCGGGACACUAAUAGCUUGUCCACCCAUGAUCGCUGUCAUUGCGUGCAAAAGACAUCGAAUUUCUCAUCAAGAAAAAGCAGAAAAAACAAACAAUCCGUAGUUCUAUUUUUCCGAACAGAAACUUGGACAUUUUUCAUUCGAGCUGGUCGAACUUUCAAUUGUAAAAAUGGUUUUCUUUAUUUUUUUUACUGUUUAAUUAUCUAGUUUUAAAUUAAUAAGCGCAUUAACUUCCACGCGCAAUGCGCAUGUUUGAGAUUAACAGCGCGUUAAAAAAACACACGAUUUAAACAAAUGCGUAACAAAUUUUACGUCUUUUUCGUCCAAGUUGGGUUUUUGUUUUCUCGUCACGAGACGCAAUGGCGCGCGAUUGCGGGACGACAGCUUUGUAGGAUGCUUUAUGAUAUAAACAUAGACAUUAAGGAUUUCUGACCAGUUGGCGACGAGAAGAAGAGAACAAACGUCGAUGCGCACGAAGUAAUCGACAUUCUUUUCGAAUGUUAAAGUAGAACAUUGUCUCGUAUGUAGGUGAAAAAAAAAAAACAAAAAAAAAAAUAAAGUAUAAAACCAUACUUUUACCUCUUACGUAGCGCGCGAAUUCGGUUGUACGUCAUCUCUCUCUCUCUCAGUGCACUAGUAGUGUACAUUGAAAAACAAAAAAUUAACAUCACAGUUUCACAGUAAAGUGAUAAGUAAAACGGAGCACCAAACGGCUCAAUGAUCGAAUGCUCAGCCGCUUUGUUGUAUCUUAGAUUGUUAGACAACAGAUUUUACGAUAGACACGUUUUUUAGCGACGUAGAGAGUUGACACGCACUUUCCGUUUCUGAGAGCACCUUGUAAUUGUAAAAAAAAUUAUCAUUACGUGCGAUACAAGACCUCCUCGAGAGAGUGUAACAUUUAAGCGUGCAAUAUUUAAUUGAAUCCGUCAUAUAUUAUUUAUUUUCCGAUUUAUUUAUUCACACCGAGCAUAAUUUAUAAAACCGCAUAGUUGCCGCGCGUGCGGUGGCAUAUAAAUAAAAAAUCUUCGGCUCGCAAAAUAUAAACGUUAAAAACAAAUUUCAGAUAAUUCUCCUUCGCUUUAUCCGCGAGCACGACAAAAAAACAACGCUGGAAAAACUUCCAAAAUAAAAAAAAAUAAAAAAAACAAAUUACUCUAUUACAUUGUAAAUUGUAUAGAGAUGUUUGUGUGUGAUGUUAAAACGAGACAUUGUGCUCUUCUCCCUCUCGAUCAUCGCGAGUCUUCAUCGUGUGAGAAACGAGACGGUGAGAGAGACGAGAUUUUGUGGCGACAAUUUGUUACUGUCCGUUCUUUGAUUAACGCGAGUCAGAUGUGCUGUUGCACAUUUUUACUUGUCGUGUGUGCAACACGCGCCACACGAUUUAGAAACUGAAUCUGAAAUUGGUGAUCGGCGAAUUUUGAAAAGAAAUUUUGGAGAUUUCGUUGGUGAUCUCUCUCUUUAGAGCCUUACAUCUCUCAUCACGAAGCGAUAUACUAAUCGAAAAAAAAAAAAAAAAAUCUGUGCUGUUGCUUUUUAACGAGUAGCUGGACUACGAAUAGAAGAAAUCGUUUCCCAGUUCGUAUUGCAAUUGUAUAUAUAUUGUAACUGAUAAAAAAAGAACGAAAGAAAGAAACGUGAAAAGCCGGCGAUUUUAUGCGACUUGCAACAUAUAUAUAUAUAUAUAUAUCAGCAAGGACAACUGAGAUAUAUAUAUAUAUAUAUAAAUAAUUGAACAUGAGAAAAAAAAACUGUAAUUGCGCGAGAGGAGAAGAAAGAUGUAACACACAAGUAUCAGAACGAAGGUCGUAAGAACGGGAGGAUUAAACGAACGAAAUCUAGAAAUUGUGUCUAGAUAUAAAAAUUCGCGAUCGAAAGUAUAUAUAUAUAUAUAUAUAUAUAUGACAGAAAAGUCGCAAUAUAUCACACAAAGACUUAAAGGAUACACCGAAUAUAAUAAAAAUUUCACGUUACGUGGUUUUUAAAAAUAGCAGACGCGAGAGAAACACACGUGUACUGCCGGAUCUUAUCCACGGCAAGGUAAUAAACGUAUUAUACAAAAAUUACACACACACAUACACACACACAUACACGACAGAGUGCGCAACACGCGCGUCUACGAUAUAAAUUAUUUAAUUGCUAUACAAUUAUAAAUACAAUUAUAUAUGUAUAUAUACACACACAUACACACAAGAAAAAAAAAGUAUUAUAAGUAGUUUUAGCGAUACACAGUUAAUGUACACCCUGUACACGUCUGUCGUUCUCUUUAAAAAAAAAAAAAAAAAAAAAAAAAACCCUU